CUGGUGUUAAGGGCAGAGUUAGGCGUGUGCCAGGUCGCUAAUGGGAAUAGAAAGGGUUCAGGACUAAUCAACCUCUGGUUAAACAUCGCUCCGCUCGCAGGGCUAGUGCUACUGAGAAACCACUGAGGAACCUGUUCUCAGAGUGGAUAGUAGAGGACACAGACACAGGAUAUACACCCUGACAAAGGCCCUCGGAGGCAGAUGUUCAGCAGCGGCCCCAGCAGCCAGGAGUUGGACCCUCUGUUCGGCUUAGCAAGAGUCGCACCGUAGAUGCGUUUGGAGAGGGCCCCACUGGCAGGCCGGCCCCUGGCCGCAGUCCCUCGUCCCUCAGCCUCUUAGAGUCCCGAUUCAGGCAGGAGCCUAAGGACCCAGAGAAGAAAACAGGCAUGUUUGGCUCCAGCUUCCUGAGUGGGGCCAACCCACUUAAUGCUGUCUCGUCUAUGACCUCCCAGGUGUCCUCGGGAAUGUCCUCAAUGUCCUCCGAGGUCACCUCCAUGGGCUCCGGGGUCAACAUGCCCUCAUUUGGCCUGUUUGACAAGGAAGAAAAGCCUGGAGAGAAGCCCCAAGGUGGGCCCCCAGGGCCAGGCAGCAAGGGCCCCCAGCAGGGGGGGCCAAGACCCCCUGGCCCCGGACAAGGGCCCAGACCCCCUGGGCAGCAAGGGCCCAGACCCACUGGUCAAGGACCCCUUGGGCAGCAAGGGCCCAGAACCCCUGGCCCCGGACAAGGGCCCAGACCCCCUGGGCAGCAAGGGCCCAGACCCGCUGGUCAAGGACCCCCUGGGCAGGCCCAGACCCCCGGGCAGCAAGGGCCCAGACCACCUGGUCAAGGACCCCCUGGCCAGCAAGGACCCAGACCCCCUGUCUCCGGACAAGGGCCCCCUGGGCAGCAAGGGCCCAGACCACCUGGUCAAGUCCCCCCUGGGCAGCAAGGACCUAGACCCCCUGGCCCCGGUCAAGGGCCCCCUGGGCAGCAAGGACCCCCUGGCCCCGGUGCACAGUCAGGCGGGCCAGCUAAAGCUGGGGGUCCCCCUGGUCCACAAGGCCCUGGUAAACCACCUGGAGGUGGGUUGUGUCCGCUGUGCAAGAGUACCCAGCUCAACGUGGGCUCCAAGGAGCCGCCCAACUUCAGCAACUGUACCAUGUGUAAGAACCAGGUGUGCAGCCUAUGUGGAUUCAGCCCCCCAGACUCGGAGGGUAAAGAGUGGCUGUGUCUCAACUGCCAGAUGCAGAGGGCUAUGGGGGUAUGGAUGACCCUCCUAUGA